AUGGUCUUACGCACACUUGGAGUAUCCUUAAUUUUGUCGCUUCUAGCCGCCUACACCUGCGGUGCACCACAAUGGGGCGGCUAUGCACCCUAUGGAGGCUAUGGCGGCUAUGGGGCUGGUUCGGGGGGAUUUGCAGCAUCUAGUGCGGCAGCCAGCAGCAGCAGCAAUAGCUUUGGCAGCUAUCAGGGCUUUGGCAGACCUGGUUUUGGAUGGGCCAGCGCUUUUGGCGGCUAUGGAGGAUAUCAACAGCAAUAUAAUCAGUACAGCCAGUACGGAAAUUAUGGCAGCUAUGGAGGGGGCUAUCAAAAUCCGUAUGGCUUUGGCUAUGGUUUUGCCGGCAAAAUUAAAUUGCUGGCCUUCAAGGGUCCCCAUGCCGGCUUUGUGGGUCUAAAGGUGCGCACACCGAAGCUAUUGGGUCUGAAACAUGCACUCAGCGGCGGCGGAGGCGGACUUGGCGUCCAUGGCGGUGUGGGAUUGCAUGCGGGAAUCGGUGGCGGCAUAGGCGGCGGCUACGGUGGUGGCUUUGGCGGUGGCUACGGCGGCAGCCACGGCUACGAACAUCACGAAUACCACCAUGAGAGCCAUUACAGCGGCGGCGGCAGCAGUUUUGGUGGAGGCGGCGGUCUUUGGGGCAAUUGGGCCCAGUAUGAGUAUCCGCAACAGGCGGGCAGCGGCCUGCAAGGCCCCGCUCCUGGCACCGCUCCUGGCGCUGGUGAGAGUGGCGCCACUGUGGACAAUCGCAUAAUUGGACUGAAUGCAAUCAGCGGCUUGUUUGGUGGCAACAGUGGUGGUGGCCGUCCCGGCGGCUUGUUCGGCAAUCUGUUGGGAGGCCUCUUUGGCGGCGGCGGCAACAACGCGUAUCAAGGACCACCACAAUAUGUGCCCGUGCCGGUGCCUUCCUAUGGCGGCGGUGGCUAUCCUGGCGGCUUUGGCGGCUAUGGUGGUGGCUAUCCCGGUAUUGGAGGUGGCUAUGGCGGUGGCUAUCCUGGCGUCGGAGGCGGCUAUGGCGGUGGUUAUGGCGGCUACCUCGGUUAA